AUGUUUAACUGUAAGUCUUUCUUUUUUGACUUGGUGCAGCCGGUGUUGCCUCACACAGCGGUGUGUUUUGCAUGUGGUGAAGCGGGGAAGGAGGACACGGUGGAUUCUGAGGAGGAGAAGUUCAGCCUUUCCCUCAUGGAGUGUACCAUCUGUAAUGAGAUCAUCCACCCCAGCUGCCUCAAGAUGGGUAAAGCAGAAGGAAUCAUCAAUGAUGAGAUCCCAAACUGCUGGGAGUGUCCAAAAUGCCACAAGGAGGGCAAGACCAGUAAGGACCAGACAGACGGCUUGGGGAAGCGCAGGUUAGACAAUGGGGAAGUGAGUCGCUGGAAACUGACAGAUGACCCACCCCCCAAGAAAAAAGCUCCAUCUUCUGUAGAGGAGGGUGGGAGGUCAGAGGGAGGACACAAGAGAAAGAAGGAGAAGGAGCUGCCUCAGGACAGUGGAGCCAAGAAAAAGAAACCCAAACAGGAGGUACCAGAGUCCAACGGUCCAACCUCCUCAGCUGGAGGUGGGGGACAGCAGGGCUCCUUAAGCUCUUCCUCAUCCUCUUCUACUCAAGCUGGAGCAGGAGGAGGUGCAGGCGGGACUUCGAAUGCAGACCAGCGUUCCCAUCAUCGUGAGAAACUAGAACGCUUCAAGAGGAUGUGCCUUCUAGAGCGCCGUCCAGAGUUGUCCUCCUCCAGCUCAUCCAGCUCUGAAUCAGACUCAGAAUCUGACUCUGAUGACUCCCUCCGGGAAAAGGGGGGAGAAGGUUCCUCACCUUCAUCUUCUCCAGUCCCCCCUCCUCCUCCUCUUCCUCCCCCUCCUGCUUAUGGAAAUAGCAGCAGUGGCAGUCGAGCAGAUCGCGAGCGGAGUCGCAGUGAGCGGGAACGUGAAAGGGAGAGGGAGCGGAGGCUUGCGGAACUGGGCUUCAGCGCCAGCGAGGAGUCAGAAGGGGAGGGGGUCAGGGGAGAGGAGGAUGACACAGACCGGGAAGAGGAGCAGGGUGGGGGUGACAAGGUGCGGCGACGAGGAGCAGAGGCAAGCCUGCAGCUACGGGGCAGGAAAGGGGUGCUGAUGGAUGGAGAGGAGGAGGAGACUCCUCAAGCUGAUAGAACCAGGAAAAACUCCUCCUCCUUACCGCCGCCUUCCCCUCUGUCUUCCAAUCAGACACCUCCAUCCUUGGGGCACUCUGAUGGCCUCACAGGGAAGCAGCGGAACAUUGGGCAGGAGGCACGCAAUGGACGGACACGGGGAGGUGCAGUAGGAGGAGUGGGGAGGGAGGGUGGGGAGAAGGAAAUUUCGAGUGCUGUGCUGUCCAAUCACAGACACAGUGGAGGAGGGGCCAAAGGCAGUGGAAGUCGUGGCAACAAGAUCCGUAGCACCAAGAGCCAGUUGUCAACUGGGUCCCGGAGCAACAGUACCCUCAACAACUCAUCUUCCUCCUCAUCAAUCCCCACGUCCAAUGGGGGAGGCGGAGGCCCAGGAGGGCUCCUCAUGUCGGCCAUGGCAGCAUCACCGUGCUCCCAACCGUCCCGCCUUUACCCACGCUCGCACGUGAUGAAACGCAGUCCACCUGCCGUGCCCUCACCUCCCCGGCCUGUCCAGAUGGAGAGGCACUUAGUGCGCCCACCUCCGGCCUGCCCCGAGCCCAGUUGCUUACCACUGGACUCGGGCUCCUCCCACAUCAUGACUCGUGAUGUUUGGCUGCGUGUCUUCCAGUAUCUGAAUCAGCGGGAGCUGUGUGUCUGUAUGAGAGUCUGCCGCACAUGGAGCCGCUGGUGCUGUGACAAGCGGUUGUGGACUCAGAUUGACUUGAGUCGACAGCGCUCCAUCACCCCGCCCAUGCUGAGUGGAAUCAUCCGCCGCCAGCCUGUGUCCCUCAACCUGGGUUACACCAACAUCUCCAAGAAACAGCUCAUGUGGCUCAUCAAUCGCCUGCAAGGUCUCAUGGAACUGAAUGUCUCUGGAUGUUCUUGGCCAGCGGUCUCGGCUCUAUGUCAGGCCAGCUGUCCAUGUCUGCGGCUGCUGGAUGUCAGCAGAGUGGAGGAGCUUAAAGAUUCCCACCUCAGAGAACUGCUAGCGCCCCCUGCUGACACCCGCACAGCUCAUGGUGAGGCGAGAGUGGGGCGCUUCCAGAAUGUGACCGAGCUACGCCUGGCUGGCCUUGAGUUGACGGACACAUCGUCACGGCUGUUGGUGCGCUACGUCCCUCACCUCGCCAAGCUAGACCUGAGCCAAUGUGGAAACAUCACUGACCAGACUGUGCACACCCUGACCUCUCCCAUCUCCCCUCUGAGAGAGAGCCUCACCCACAUCAACCUGGCAGGCUGCGUUAAAGUGACAGAGCAGUGUGUACCACUGUUGCGUCGCUGCACGUCUCUCCAGACCGUCGACCUGCGCUCCUGCUCCCUGCUUUCCACCGAGACCGGACAGCUUCUCUCGUUUCCUGCCCACUCCACAUCUUCAUCCUUCACCUCUUCUUCAUCAUCUGCCACCACCACCGUUGUUCCUGCCUGCUCCACCUCCUCCACAUCUGCUCCCGUGUCCUCUUCUGCUUGUCCUCAUGAAGACAGAACUCUGCUAAAAAACAGCUAAAGCACUCCUUUAGGACAUCACACUGCACUCACCAUUCAUUUGUUCAUUCACUGUGAAACGCCUCCCUCCCUCACCACGUCACUACAGACAGGGAGGACGGACGUCUGACAUGCAGAGGAAAGCCACAUUCUGGAUCUUCCUCAUGAAGCUCUACACAGCUGAGGUGAUUCUUUGUGACAUCACACAGCACUCACUAUCGUUCUGUCCCUCUGCCUUGCCGAGACACUACACAAAGAAAGGAGGAAGAAGACUUCUGGGAUGUUUCUCUACCCUUAAAAAAAAUUAUGUUGUCAGUGAUCACAGAGGUAGAGGGGGGUGGGGAGGGUGAGGUGGGGGGUAUUAAUAUGGGUGGUUGGGGCUGUGAGCAUGUAAAUAUUUGUUCUCUGUACAAUUUUACUGUGUGUAUAUAUCUGUAGUUUACUGUAAAUGACCUUUAACCUUUGAAAUGCCACUCCCUCCCUCUCUCCCUGCACUCUCUCCACCCACUAACAGUUCCUCAUGCUCAGCCUUCCACCUGCUUGUUAAUGGCUGCAAAUCCAGAAAAGAGCUAAAUCCUUAAUCCAGUGUUAGUCAGAAAUUUUUCUGGGUAUUUUCCAGCUGCUCAUGGUAUUAGCAUCAGCUCGUUAGCCUGCUACGCCAUCACGCAAAGUUUUAGUUUGGUCGAUUGGAGCAUUCAGGAGAACAAUUCUGCUUUGGUCCGUUGAGGCAACCGAGGG